GGCCGUGUUUACUUUGAUGAUCUUCUUUUUACAAAUGAAGACGGACGAGAGACUAAAAUAUACAGAUCUCUAAUUUGCUCUGGGAAGGAAAAAAUGUUUAGCCAUCCCAUUUUUGAGCUGUUCCUGAAGCUGAAAUGGAACCGUGUGUGGAAACUGUUCUGGGUUUACAUCACCUGGUCCUUCCUGUACUCCCUCACACUGGUCACCUUCAUCCUGGAGAAGUUCUCAUUUCUCAACGGUCAUAUCAGCGGGAACGUGUUGUAUUACUGUUUGAUGUUUUUCCAAGUAACCAUGUCCCUGGUGUCCGGUGUCCAGCUGAUUAUGUUUAUAUACACAAUAACGGCCUCCCUACUUAAAAAGAAUUUUCGAGAAAUUGGUCUCAAGUUUACAUUGUUCGCGGAUAAACUCUUCACUUUGAUCUCGCCAUGUCUACUAGGGGUGUUACUCUACAAGGAUUUGAGUGUGAAAAGCGAAAGGGAGGUGUCUGCUGUACUCAUUUUCCUUGCCUGCUUCUCAACCCUUAGUGUUCUUUCCAAAAUCCCACGAAUCGGUAUUCAAAAGCUGAUGAUAGUCAGGGUUUUCUACUCUAUUGGAAGUUUCUUUUUGUCCUAUUUUCCUCUCUUCUUCUCCUUUGCCCUAAUCUACCAUAUCCUUCUACCCAAUGUUCUAGUAUUUAGUCAACUAGAUACUGCUCUUAUCAAGGCAUUCACUAUGCUAAUGGGAGAGUUUGAUUUCACGGCAAACUUUGUAGCUUCAGAAGACUCAUCAGUUAUGGCAAAGGUUUUCUUCUUCAUGUACCUAGUAAUGAUGUCUCUUGUCGUGAUGAAUUUAGUUCUUGGUCUAGCAGUUUCUGAUAUUCAUGAACUAGAGAAGGAUUCAAAGGUUCGAAGUUCUGUACUGGAGUACUAUACACUAAACAUGAUAGAAAAGGCAUUUCUCUCAAUCAGGAAGUGUCCUGGAUUAGGAAGAUUUGUGAGGAACCCAAGCAUAUUUACAGCAAACGACGGCACCCAUAACACGGUUUAUCUGGAUCUAGUAGAUUUGGACAAAAACCCGUUAAACAGGAUCUACGUGGCAAAUCAGAAAGCAGGAAUUAUUGAAGAGUUCGAGUGCCCUCAUGAUAUCAUUGAGAGGAUGAUUGAAAUUAUAAAGAAGAUAGUAAGGCUGAAAACCAAAAAAACUGAAGACAAUUUGGAGACUCAGUCCCAAUCCGAAAUCAAGGAGGCUCUGAUGUAUAUGAAGAAAAACCAGGAGGCCCUGGAGGAACAAAUAAAAGAUAUAAAAACCCUGAUUUCAAAGCAAAACUUCAUUUCUGUGAAGUCAGCUCUUGAUUAGUAUGGAAAAGUGUUUCCAAAAUAAUUCGCAAUAAACACUUUUAAAACAAUUUUUCGAACCUUUCCGACCUUAUUUUUUGCAAGCAUAUGUGUUAAAUAUUGAAAAAUUGCUAUAUAUUUAAUUCUCGUCAUAAUAAUCUGCUUCUAUAUAUUCUGUAUAAAUAUAUGUAUGUACAUAACUAGAUCUCAUUACACAUAAAGUGUUUCAUAACUAAAUGUUUCAUGUUGUAAGCAGUAUAGUCUUAAAGAAAAAAAACAUUUAAAAUUCUUUACGUUUUUAUUCAGUGAGACCAAUAGUACUUUGGAGUAGUAGGACGCUAAGCAGAUUUAAGUUAUGAUUUUAAACACAGCAGUCAUGCAGUCAUGCAGUCAUGCAAUCAUGCAUUCAUACAGUCAUACAGUCAUCCAGUAAUGCAGUCACGCAGUCAUGCGGCCAUGCAGUCAUGCGGACAUGCAGUCAUGCAAUCAUGCAGUCAUGCAGUCAUACAAUCAUGCAUUCAUACAGUCAUACAGUCAUUCAAUCAUGCAUUCAUACAGUCAUACAGUCAUACAGUCAUGCAGUAAUACAGUCAUGCAGUCAUGCAGUAAUACAGUCAUGCAGU